AUGAUAUCUUAUAAUUUAAAAUUAAUUAUAUUUUCAAUCGUAUUAGGAGCAUUAACCUUAUUUUAUAAUGGGCAAAAAACACUUAGGUCCUUAGCAGAAUCUUCACAUGAACUUACAGCAAAUGAUAAGCAUGAAAAUAAUGAAUUAGGCGAAUAUGCAAAUACGAAUGAAAGAAAAUAUAAGAAAGAAAAAUAUCCAAAGGAUGACGCAAAAAAAAAAAAAAAAAUUCCACCAAUAACAAAUAAGAGAUUUCCUGGAACACCAAAUAGAAUGACUGCUAGAAAAGAAAUAUAUAAUAACGCACAAGGAGGAAAUUCAAGAAUGCCUCCUGGUCACCUUGGAUAUUUGGAAAUGCAAAGAAAGCUUUAUAAUGAUUUUAAUGGAAAACAAGAACUAUAUUUUCGAAAACUUGAUGAUGAAUCAGAUGGUGAAAAUAAUUCUGGGACAAAAAAUCCUUUGAAAGAUGAUGAAUCGUUUUUUCAAUUUACUAACGAAUAA